UGCGCGCUGACGUCAGGCCUCACGUGAUCUGAGAGUGCGGAAGUUUUGAUCAUGAAAGACUGAGAGCGCUUUCAAGCAGCUGAACGCUCGCGCUUUUGGCAAAUAAAUGGUCAGGAUGACUCAGAAGCGUUACCUGGAGGGACAGGUGUACUCUGUCCCGCUCAUCCAGCCGGAUCUGAGAAGAGAAGAGGCUGUGCAUCAGAUCACUGAUGCGUUACAGUACCUGGAGACAAUCUCAACAGACAUCUUUAUGAGAGUGUCUCAGAGCGUGGAGAAGAACCGUGCACACCUUCAGACGGUCACAGACCGGAUCAAACUGGCUCAGGCCAGAGUCCAGAAGAUCAAAGGAAGCAAGAAAGCCACAAAGGUGUUCUCCAGUGCCAAAUACCCCGCUCCAGAUAAACUGCAGGAAUAUUCGUCCAUCUUUACAGGUGCAGUAGAUCCCGCCUCCCAAAAGCGGCCUCGCUUUAAAGUUCAGAGCAAGCUCCGCCCACUGGAUGACAAGGCCCUCCAGGAGAAGCUGAUGUAUUUCCCAGUAUGUGUAAACACUAAGAAGCGCUCUGAGGAUGAGGCGAAGGAGGGUUUGGGAAGUCUGCCGAGAAAUGUCAACUCUGUUAGCUCCUUAUUGCUGUUCAACACAACAGAGAACCUCUAUAAGAAAUAUGUGUUCCUUGACCCUCUUGCGGGCGCCGUGACUAAAACACACACCAUGCUAGAGACUGAAAAGGAGGAUAAACCGUUUGAUGCACCGCUGUCGAUCACCAAGAGAGAGCAGCUAGAGAGACAGACUGCAGAGAAUUAUUUCUAUGUGCCAGACCUGGGGCAAGUGCCUGAGAUCGAUGUGCCGUCUUACCUGCCUGACUUACCUGGCAUCGCUGAUGACCUCAUGUACAGCGCUGACCUCGGCCCAGGGUUCGCACCAUCUGUUCCUUCCAGCAACAGCAUCCCUGAACUUCCUUCAUUUGGCACGGAGCAUGACGAAUCAAGUGGAUCUGACUCUCAUUUCAGGCUUGAGGCUCCGCCCCCUCCACCUCCUCCACCCCCUCCUCCACCAGAGGCGACUCAGGUAUCAGUCCCACCUCCUGGAACUUCCCCAGCUCCGCCCCCUCCACCCCCACCUCCACCUAUCACAGCAGACAGCACUGAUGUCAUGUCAAAUCAAGCCCCUCCCACAGGUGUAGUGAAAGCCCCUACUGAGGUGUUGCAGCCGUCGGACGGCCGAGCCAGUCUGCUGGAGUCAAUCCGAAACGCCGGCGGUAUCGGCAAAGCAAACCUCCGCAAUGUAAAAGGGCGCAAGAAAAAACAGAAGGAGCAAGAGCAAGUUGGGGCAGCUGUGAGCGGUGGAAACCUAAUGUCUGACCUCUUCAAUAAAUUGGCAAUGCGCAGGAAAGGUAUCUCUGGGAAGGGCCCGGCGGGUGGAGACUCAUCUGAAGCUCCUGCCGGUGCGUUCGCCAGGAUGUCAGAUGUGAUCCCGCCCCUUCCUGCGCCACAGCAACCCACUGCAGACGAUGAGGAUGACUGGGAGGCGUAAACAUGGUGACAGAGUUGAGUGUGAAACUCAGGAUUGGAGAGCUGAAAUCCUCAUAGACAGGGUCUGGAGAUAUUGUCUCUCCAAGGAGAGGCUGUGAAGUGUCGAGUGAGACGUCUGGUCUCUCGUUUUGUAACCUGUAGGUCAGUGAAUG